CAGUGUCGCUGCGAUAAUGGGGAAUCGUAUCGUUGCUGUUUGUGUAUCGAUACGAUGGGACGAAGACCGCCCAGAACUUCGAGACGUCCACGAAUUUCGAAGACGCAAGGUUGAUGAAUUUCGAUCGCAGAGCGCAGACUACGCGACCCGACCAGGCUGUCGCGUGGCAGAGCAGUGAUCACGUGACUAAGCCAUGUCGUCUUCCUUUUUCCAGCCUGGGCUCGUCGUCACUUGUCUGCUUCAUCACUCGUCGUCAACGCGUUGUCGGUCUGCAAAAGAAAGCACACACGGACCUCCCUGCUGGCAUGCCGCCUUGUCUCCUCCCGCUCCCUCUCAUUGACACGCAAAAAUUGCACUCGCACGAAUGAUCAAUACCGGCAAGGAUACGAUCGCAUGGUCUGGCCUCAUCAUGGCUGCAUUGUGUGCAUUGGUCGAUAUAUUGCUACUCGUCAGCGGCGUUGCUCAAGUCAAAGACCAAGACAACGCGCUUAGCUACGCAUCUUCCCUGCCCGGCGUCCCUAGUACUGCUUUCGGUCCUAAUGUCUCGUAUACCGGCGAGUCAACGAAGCUCGAAGCUGCUGCCGGUGUUCUGCUCAUCGCCCAGUUUGCGUGUCUGAUGAUCAUCAUCAUCAUCGGCAUUUGUCAAGCACGAGCAGUGACUCUCAAACGCGCUUGGGCUGUCAUCGGAAGUGUCAUCUUUGUUAUUUCAGAGAUGAUCAUCUCCGCCGGAUACUCAGCUGUCACUGCCCGCGGUCACAUCACAGUGAUCGCACAGACAGGCAUAAGCCAGCCUGCUCUGGACGACAUCGUUGAAUUGGCUCGCUUCGCCAAUGGAGCCGAAAAGCUUGCAUACAUCAACUACACUCCUCUGCGUGCAGCAAUUGCUUUCGCAUGGCUCACUUGCCUCUUUAUGACGAUCGGAUUUGUCGCUCUCAAUCUAGCAGGCCCCAAUCAAGACUCGAAAUUACCUCCGCGCAAGCAGCCCUAUCUUCAGCCCACGGUUGAGCACCUUCUGGUCCUGAGCUUGUUGACUCCAGAUCGCCAGCAUCGUCGCAUCAUGUCGACAGGCUAUGCUGACAUCAGGGCAGAGCUCCCAGCCGAGCCGAGGUCUUGGCGCCCCUCGCAACUCGCUCAAUAUCUGGGUGUAGCUCUCAAGCUGCCCGAACGCCUUCACGAGGACAUUGAGGCUUUUGUGCGCACGUCUGGCUUGAGCGGCGCACGCUUCCUCAGACUAUCGCCAGCCGAUCUGGACACCUUGGGCGUCAACGUUGCAUGGCGAGCAGUUUUGCUCGACGCUCGGGAGCAAUUGCGUUCAGAAGGUAUACGCGGGAGAAUCUGCGGCUUCGGAUCGACUGCAGCAUUUGUGCCUCAAGAGCCCAACAAGCUUGCAGAUGCAAGCGCUCGUGAUGUGCCGGUGAUGCGCGACCCGAAUAGCUGGCAACUUUCUCUAGCUCGAGCCACUCGCGCAUAUGCGCCGGGACGUAUCAAGCUCAUGGCCGACUCGUUCGCCACAGAACCCAUUGAGGACACCCCUCUGCAGGACGCGAGCGAUAGGCCCAAGCUGCGAUUCCGACGAUCUGUCACCCACUUUCGCAAUCUGUCCGAUGCAGGGAGUGUCGAUAGUCUCACCUUGCCGGACGAUCGAGCGUGUGAUGACUCUGCCAGCGAGUCUGAAGACAAUAGGAUUCUACGCCCGGAACGACCUGGCUCAGACGACGCGUUUGUGCUCGGCCCCCUUCAGUCAUCCUUCCUCAGCUGCUCGACCGAAGCCUCAUCCACUGUUUCGGACGAAAAGCUCCCUACGUCGCCAGAAGCUCUCAAGCUGACAUUUGAUGACGACGAAGACUUCGGACAAGGAACGCUUGUUGUCAUCAGCAAGGCUCGUCUGGCCGCCUUGCAAGCGCGGCUAAAGGAGCAGGAUAAGCGCGAAGCUCCUCAGCCUGAGAUACCUGCAGGGUGGCUAGCAUUGGGCAGCUACAUUGGCCUUGCGAGCAUUGGGCUGACGAUGAUCGUGAUCAAGCACGUAGGCAGCAAGCUAGUGUGA